GCCUCCGCUCCGCUGUCACGCUUUACUACCAACAGGCACGGAAUUCCAGGGAGGAAGUCACUGAGAUUGGGAAACGAGCAACUCCCAAACGGUGCCAAAAAAGAAAGAAAGAAAGAAAGAAAUAACCCGGGGGACGGAGGAGACGUUCAAACAACAGCAGUUCCACAUUGGGAACCGUAAAAAAAAAAACACACACACCCAGCUUUGGAGUAUGGACUAGAGGCGGAGGGUCGCAGCAGAUGGAGGCGGCGAGAAGUUUGGUGUUUGUCGGGGCCGUGCUGCUCGGAGUGACGGGCGCGUUGGGCAGAGAAGUGUGCCUGGGUACAGAUAUGAAGCUGGCCCUGCCCUCCAGCCUGGAAAACCACUACGAGACCCUGAGGCUGUUCUACACUGGCUGCCAGGUCGUCCACGGCAACCUGGAAAUUACUCACCUUCAUGGAAACCCUGACCUCUCCUUCCUACAGGGGAUUGUGGAGGUGCAGGGCUAUGUACUUGUAGCCCACGUGUCAGUGAGUCUGGUGCCUUUGGACAACCUUCGGAUCAUCCGAGGCAGCCAGCUGUACAACUCCAGCUAUGCCCUGGCAGUUCUGGAUAACACUCAGCAUGGAAAGGGGCUCAGGACGCUCCGGCUUCGUAGCCUUACAGAGAUCCUGCUGGGUGGGGUUUACAUUUGGGGGAACCCCCAGCUGUGCUUCCCAGACCCCCAUAGCAUAACUUGGGGGGACACCUUGGACGAGCAGAAUAUCCAUGCCAAACAGCACCAACUGCAGGCUCGCGCCUCUAACUGUCCAGGUUGUUCCUCUGCAUGUGGGAAUCGCUGCUGGGGAGAGACUGCACAGGACUGCCAGACCUUGACCCGUAAAUGUGCGUCUGGCUGUCAGCUGUGUAAAGGUCCCCUGCAAAAUGACUGCUGUCACAUGCAGUGUGCUGCUGGAUGCACAGGACCCAAAGACUCAGACUGCCUGGCGUGCCGUCACUUCAAUGACAGCGGUGUGUGUAAGGAGAACUGUCCGGCACCCACUAUCUAUGACCCUGUCACCUUUCAAACCAAACCUAAUCCGAACAAGAAGUUCAACUUUGGAGCCACCUGUGUCAAGACGUGUCCCUAUAACUAUCUGGCUAUGGAAGUGGCCUGUACUUUGGUUUGUCCUAAAGCCAACCAGGAAGUUAUCAUCACCCACCCUGAUGGAAACGAGACACAGAAAUGUGAAAAGUGUGAAGGAGACUGUCCCAAAGUGUGUUAUGGUCUGGGUAUGGACAACCUCGGCGUCAUGGACAACCAUGGCGUUACCAUGGUAACAUCUUCAAAUGUGGAGCAGUUCAACAAGUGUAAGAAGAUUUUUGGUAGUCUGGCCUUUGUCCCACAGAGCUUUGCAAGGGACCCUGUGACCAACACAUCAGGCCUGACUCUGGAGCAGCUGAGCGCCUUCAACAAACUGGAGGAGAUCACAGGCUACUUGUACAUUGAUGCCUGGCCUGAAGAGUGGACUGACCUGAGCGUGUUUGAGAACCUGAAGGUGAUCCGUGGCAGGAUGCUCUACAAGGGCGUGUUUUCACUUGCCAUCCAAAAUCUACACAUCCAGUCUCUUAAGUUGCGUUCACUACGCAGCGUCAGUGGAGGUUUGGUUCUGUUGCACAACAAUUCCCAGCUGUGCUACACCAGUUCACUGCCCUGGGAGAGUCUCCUGCACCCCACCCAGGGACCCCACCGCAUCGUCAGCCACAACCGGGACCCCAAAGUCUGUGAGACAGAGGGGCGCAUUUGUCAUCCACUGUGUGACAGGGGCUGUUGGGGUCCGGGGCCCAGCCAGUGUGUGUCCUGCAAAGCUUUCCGACGUGGCACUGAGUGUGUAGAACAGUGUGACGUCCAUCAGGGGGCUGUGCGUGAAUACACAGACGGCUCCUUAUGUGUUGCCUGUCACUCAGAGUGUCGACCAAUCAAUGGCUCUGCCUCCUGUCAUGGCCCGGGAGCAGAACAUUGCACAGAGUGUCGAAACUUCCAGGACGGUGAGUCCUGCGUGGACCAUUGUCCAAGCGGUGUGAAGGAGGAUCAGCAAACUGUGUGGAAGUACAGCAAUGCGACAGGACACUGUCUGCCCUGCAACACCAACUGCACACUGUCCUGCACCGUGAUGGAUGAAAGAGGCUGCCCCAUUGAAACCAGGACAGGACCGGGUACGACCAUCGCGGCUGCAGUAGGUGGGGUGGUGCUCUUCUUCAUCCUGCUGGCUCUGCUGGUCUUCUACCUGAGGAGGCAGAAGAAGCUGAAGAGGAAGGAGACCAUGAGGAGGAUCCUGCAAGAACAUGAGCUGGUAGAGCCUCUAACACCCAGUGGUGCGUCGCCCAAUCAGGCUCAGAUGCGGAUCCUUAAGGAGACUGAGCUGAAAAAACUCAGGGUGCUGGGUGCAGGGGCCUUUGGCACUGUUUACAAGGGAGUGUGGGCUCCUGAUGGGGAAAACGUGAAAAUACCAGUGGCUAUUAAGGUAUUACGAGAGAACACCUCACCAAAGGCCAAUAAGGAAAUCCUUGAUGAGGCUUAUGUGAUGGCGGGGGUUUUCAGCCCUUACGUGUGCCGUCUUCUGGGAAUCUGUCUGACCUCCACGGUGCAGCUGGUCACUCAGCUGAUGCCGUACGGCUGCCUACUCGACUACGUCAGGGAGAACAAGGACCGUAUUGGUUCCCAAUUCCUCCUAAACUGGUGUGUCCAGAUCGCCAAGGGGAUGAAUUACCUGGAGGAGGUCCGACUGGUCCACAGAGAUCUGGCCGCCCGCAACGUUCUAGUGAAAAACCCAAACCAUGUGAAGAUCACAGACUUUGGCCUAGCCCGUUUGCUCGACAUAGACGAGACUGAGUAUCACGCUGAUGGAGGGAAAGUGCCGAUUAAAUGGAUGGCUCUGGAGUCUAUUCUGCACAGGAAGUUCACUCAUCAGAGUGACGUCUGGAGCUAUGGGGUGACCGUCUGGGAACUGAUGACAUUUGGUGCUAAGCCCUACGACAUGAUCCCAGCGAGGGAAAUCCCAGGUGUUUUAGAGGAAGGAGAACGGCUUCCGCAGCCUCUCAUCUGCACCAUCGACGUCUACAUGAUCAUGGUCAAAUGUUGGAUGAUUGAGCCAGAAAACAGGCCCAGGUUCAAAGAUCUGGUGCAUGAUUUUAGUGCAAUGGCCAGAGAUCCUCCUCGCUUUGUGGUCAUUCAGAAUGAUGAGCAGAUGAGCAUGUCCAACCCAGUGGACAGCCAGUUCUUCCGCACACUUAUGGAGGAAGAGGGUAACAAUAUGAGGGAACUGCUGGAUGCUGAGGAGUAUCUGGUGCCACAGCCAAACCUCCUCCCCAGGACUCAGGGAGAUGGGGCUCCAGCCAAUGGUCCAUCCAGACACCAAUCAUACAGGCAGAGCAGAGAUCAGGGUUUAGAUGUCGAGCCCUCCGUCACAGGCGGCCCUCGAAGCAUGUACUCCUCCCUGAGCACUCUCAGCCGCAGCCAGUACCCUACCCUACCAUUAGGAGCCAACGCCUCCAAUGGGCUGUGGAGUCCUCAGUACCAGACUCUAACUCGCAGCCCCUCCACCGGAGACCAGUCUGACUCGGUCUUCCUGGACGGGGCUCCAGAUGACCCCUCGUUGCCCCCAGCCAGCCCUGGACGCUACUGCAAAGACCCCACCUACCCCAAUGGGAGCCAGUACAACCUGGAGACAGAUGGGCCGAAUGGCUUUCAUCAUCCUAAUCACCUUCAUCACUCACUGCCCAGACGGAGUCAUAAUCACGCCUUGCCAGAGUACGUCAACCAGGAGAUUCUGGAUCUCAGACCAGGGAUCCCUGAGCGGCCCAGCACGCUGCCUCGUAAGGGCUCCAGAAUAGACCGACGCCUCCCUAAUGGCCUGAGCUCUGGUCACAGUGUGGAAAACCCAGGGUAUUUGGUCCCUGUGAGCUCCGCAUCCCCCACCUCUCCGGCCUUUGACAACCCAUACUAUCUGGACCUCGUGGCCAAAGCCAAAGCGGUAGCAGGGGAUGGUGCACCGGAGAGAGACGGAGGAAUGCCCAGGCAUGUGAACGGAUUUGUGACCCCCACAGCAGAGAAUCCAGUAUAUCUGGGACUAGCAGACACCUGGAGUGGACAUACUUGAGGAGAAGGAAUGGGAGUAAUGUGAUGAACUCAAGAAGUGUCACAGAUUGUGUCCUAUUGAGGUAAAAGAGGAGUGAGAGAAAGGGAAGAUGGAUAUUUGUGUGGGAGAAAUUACGUGGGUGCGUGUUUGACAUUGGGAAUGAGCAUGUGUGUCUGGAUCUUCUCUCAGUAUCUAGUGAAGCACCCAAAUCCAAACCAGUUGAGGUUGUCUGGUGAAAGUCACCACACCACCCAGGUGUGGAACACCUUGACUCAACACUGUGUAGCAUUAAUCUGGUGUCCAUGGCAUCAUUUUUAUUCCUGUCUUCCUCUCAGCAAUCUGCGACUGCUCAGUGCCAAAAAGUUUACUCAGCCUCUGUAAAUAACUCGGUACUUGAUAAGGAAAGCAGUUCACAUUUGUGGAGACCCAUCAUGGUACGAGAAGGGUUUGAUUAUCACAGAAUCCAGCAUGUGGCUGGAUUCAUGAAUGCUGAUUUUCUUUUUCUAAACAUUCAAUUUCUUUUUAACUUUUUAAACGUCUGUGGCUGUUUCUCCAUGUGAAGCAUUGUUUUUUGUAUUUCCUCCUAUUCCCUCGUGUGUCCUGGUAUGCUACUCAGUCCAACUAAACAGAGAAAAACAUAUACAACGCUUUGACAAAGUGAGCCAUGGUAUGCAUUGAAGAUUACAUUUAGUAUUCUGGUCACUUUCUCCCAGACCUGAUGGGGGUCUUCAGUACACUCAAAGCCAUUUUGUUUUGGCCGGAGAAGGCCCUGCAGCCCAUCUGGCCAGUAGACAUGCUCCCAGAAAGAAAGGCAUCCUGUAUGGAGAAGACAGAGGCAUUGUGCCGCACUGAUGUAUGUGGUUGUUAGUGUCUGUGGCUGCAGCUUCUUUGUGGUACAGCGGGUGAGAUACGAGGUACGGGCAAACUUUUUGAGCUGCACGAAUCUCAAAAAUUCAUCGUGAAUAAGUGAGUGAGGUGGAGAAAACCUUUCAGGGAUUGACAGAUUUGCAAAGAAUUAGGGAGAAUUAUUUGCAUUUUAAAGAUGCAAAACACAGCACAUGCUAGGAUGCUGUGUACGCGCCCCCCCCCCCCAAGCUUGUGUUAUCACAAUGAGCCUUUUGGGGGUUUUUUGUGGCCAUUCACUGUGCAAGAAAGUACACAAGCUAGAGGUAAAUAUAUUCCAAAAGAAGUGAAGAAUUUACAUGUAUAUGUACAUGUUACCCUUAAAAAAGCAGUUCUGCUGUUUGUGUUUUUGUGUAAAAGUGAGCAAUGCACUGGAGCUGAAUGUGAUUCUGUGGAGGGGAAAAAAGUCGUCGCCCUGCUCGGUUUGGAUAAUCAAUGCAUGGCUCAAAUUCCACUUAGCAAGAACACACUGGCAUCCCAGUUAAUAAUCAACAGCAUUUUUUUGAAGACUUUUUUUUUUUUUCUUCAUGUUCACUGGUGUUGGGCUGGGGGAGGUCAAAACAAGUCAAUGGACCCAUUGUCUGAGUCCCAUGUCCUUGUUGGAAAGUCAGCACUCUCCCAAGUCGCAUGUCCCAGCGACUGAUGUUGUCACAGCUUUGAAAAGAGCGAUUUUUUUUUUGCAGAGGUUUGGAAUCAGCAACUGAAUGUGUGUUUGGGACUCGAUUUUCCCCAUGUCUUCUUGUUGUGCACUAAACAAACUGCAGCUUAUAAUCCAUCUGCAACCAGCUACUACUGAGUUUCAGCAUUUUUUCUUUUAAGGAGUAACUUGAUGGAUAAUUUCUCAGAGAUUGUCCACACAAUGAACGAAGUGUGUCUGGUCAUGUGUGGGAGGGCUGAGACAGCUCCUCAUCAUCCUCCACCAUCGUGUCAGUUUUACUCUUUCUUCAAACUUUCUUUUACCUUUGAUGUUCUCAUACGGGUUUUGAAGAGUUUUGUUCCAGAAUAAGAUCUCUAAAAAAACGUACCUAAUUUUAGAUUUCUUAUAUAAAAAUAACUUUUAAAAAAAACAAAAAAAAAAAAAAAACUUGGUAAGAUUUUAUUUCAGUACCUUCAACUUUCAUAAACUACCGUUGUAUAGAAGGGAAUUAUUUUUGAAUGAUGUGAUUCAUAUUACAGUUUUUCAUGUUUAUAUUUUAAUAGAUAUAAAGUAUAGUGUUUUGGAAAGAAAUCUUUCAUAUGUAUUGUUGCUGUCAGGUGAGGACCUCAUAUUUCCACAGGGUCAACGUUUUAGGAGAAAAGCAAACUUUUGAUCGACUAAAAUGUAUUUUUGCGUUGUUCCUGUGGUACUUUGAAAAGGUUUAGCAACAUUAAUGAAUGUAUAAGUUUCUCAGCCUAUAGAGGAAUGUGUAACCCUUCAAUUGGAAUUUAAAGGAGCAGCCCAUUACGUUUUAUAGCACCCAAUAGAGGAGAGUGAUUUGAGAAUAUCGGAUGAGUACCUACAAACGUGAACCUCUGCUGGAAAUAUGAGUUUUUACACAGGAUUAUAACAAUGUUGUAGCACAGUUCACAGAUGUCGCCUCUUUGUUGACAAAUGUGAUAUUUUUCAUGAUUACAAUGAGACCACGACAUACACGUUUAAUGCAGUCACAGUUAUUGCGCUUGUGUUUACACUGUUGUGUCAUUUUUGUAUGAAUUGUUCACUUUAGAUGUCUCAUGUAGCCCUCCAGAUUACCAAGGAAACUUACAGUCAAGGUUAAACAACAGACAAGGGGGCGAUCUGUUUCCCUCCUCCUCAAAACCAUCUGUGUUCUUUCCCCAGUUGGUCUUGUUCUUUCACUUAACAUUCACUUGUACUAAACUAAAAAAUGUCAAAAAAGUAAACGGUUGUUUGGUCCUUUUAAAUUGUGUUACAGCGACAGUUUUCGACAGAGGAAACAUAAACUGAAUGAAAAUGGGAAGCAUACCUGUUUUUGUUUGUUAACCAUCUUACAUAAGGGUGUUGAUAUGUCUCAGAUGUGGCCGAAGCAGGAAACUUUGCAUGUUUUCAUUCAGGAGUGAAGCGUUAGAGGAAAGAAGGAACAGUAAACUGACGGGACUGUGCUGAAGGCUUUAUCAAAUUUAAAAAAUUGUAUCUGUAAUUUACAUUCUGAAGAAAAAUGUAUCUUUUGUACUUUUCAUGUGAACAUUUUUUUAUCUUUCACAGUUUGUCUGAUUGUAACAGGACAUGAAUAAUAACCAUUUUAUUGGGAGUUUUAUAAUGCAUCCCUUCCCUGUUUGGUCAGUAAGUCCCAUUGUGUAAAUGUGUAGUAUAUAAAUAUAUAUAUAUGAAUAAAAACAAUCAUUUUGGUAGCUAAUUUGAUUGAA